AUGGUGCAGAGAUGGAUUCCUAGGGAAUACAUGCAAGAUCAAUAUGUCAAACUGACUCGUCUAAAUCAAGACACUUUGACUGUAGAUGAGUACGUAAAGGAGUUUGAAAGACUUAGUCUCUUGUGUUACUUGGAAAAAACGGAACCAUUGAAAAUGGCUCGUUUCACUAGAGGCCUUGCAAAAAGUAUAGCCAACAAGGUGGACCUCCUACCUUAUACCACCUAUGAUGAUGUAGUGAAGGCAGCUCGAAAGGUAGAGGCACAACAGAAGGAAAACCAAGUAAAGAAUACACCUCGUAUUCCUUACAAAUCCCAUACGCCUACCAGCCGUUUUGACAAGGGAAAAUCUCCUAUGUUUCCCAAGAAACUAGAGAAUAAGGUGGAUGAUAGGGGUGAGUAUACCUGUUUUAAGUGUGGACAAAAAGGACAAAUAGCUACAAAUUUUCCUAAACGAAACACUCUAACCAUUCAAGAGGGUGGUUAUGUGACGAAUGAAGAAGAGGAGGAGGAUAGCGAAUGUGAUGAAUGUGAACCAGAGGAGGGUGAAAAUUCCUUCUGUUGCGUGAUGAGAAGGGUCUUGUACACUGAGCCAAUGCAGGAUUUACAACAACGGGAAAAUCUAUUCAAUACCCGGUGUAAGGUGGAGGAUGGCAUUUGUAGCAUGAUCAUUGACAGUGGAUCAUGUACGGAUGUGGUGGCUUCCGAAUUGGUGAACAAGUUAAAAUUGCCUACUAGAGAACACACCAAACCAUACAAGCUUAAUUGGCUUGACAAUGAUUCGGAAGUACGUUUAAGAAAGCAAGCCUUAGUUGCUUUUACUGUGGGAAAUUUCUGUGAUGAAAGAUGGUGUGAUGUGCUACCUAUGACGACAUGUCAAAUUUUGCUAGGCCGUCCAUGGCAAUUUGAUCGUAAAGCUAUGCAUAAUGGUGUGACCAAUGUGUAUACAGUCAAAACUAGUGAAGGCAAGAAAGUACGGCUACUACCUUUACCACCUAAGGUAGAGAAGGAGAAGAAAGAGAAGCCUAAUUUCCUCAUUUCUAAAUCAGAAUUUGAGGAAAUACUUGAUCAAGAAGGAAUAGUUUUCAUAUUAGUUCUAAAACCAAUUUCAGAAAAAUUGGUGGAAGGAAAUUAUCCUCCUAUCAUACGACCCUUAUUGGAAGAAUAUCAUGACGUUUUCAUUGAUGAAUUGCCUAAUGAAUUGCCACCAAUUCGAGGCAUUGAACAUGCCAUUGAUCUAGUGCCAGGUGCGACAUUACCUAACAAGGCAGCUUAUCGUUGCAAUCCCAAACAAGCAAAGGAGUUGCAAAGGCAAGUGGAAGAGUUGAUGGCUAAAGGUUUUGUGCGUGAAAGCCUUAGCCCUUGUGCAGUUCCGGCACUAUUGGUGCCAAAGAAAGAAGGAACAUGGAGGAUGUGUAUUGAUAGUGGUGCCAUCAAUAAUAUUACCAUCAAAUACAGAUUUCCCAUGCCUAGACUUCAAGACAUGUUAGAUGAACUAAGUGGUUCCAAGGUGUUCAGUAUGAUUGAUUUGCGCAGUGGCUAUCACCAAAUGAGGAUUCGUGAAGGUGAUGAGUGGAAGACUGCUUUCAAGACCAAACAAGGUCUAUACGAGUGGUUAGUCAUGCCCUUUGGUUUGUGCAAUGCUCCUAGUUCGUUCAUGAGAUUGAUAAAUGAGGUACUACGGCCAUUUCUUAAUAAGUUCAUUGUUGUAUACUUAGAUGAUAUUUUAGUAUAUAGCAAAAAUGAAAAUGAGCAUGUAGAACAUCUUAUUCGAAGCAUUGCAGUGUUCAUCAAGAACUUCUCCACCAUUACUGCUCCUUUGACCGAAUUGCUAAAAGACAAGGUGUUCAAAUGGAACGAGUCUGCGCAAAGGGCCUUUGAAGAUAUCAAAGCUAAACUGCGUUCUGCCCCAGUAUUAGCUUUGCCGGAUUUUGAUAAACUAUUUGAGGUUGAAUGUGAUGCAAGUGGCGUGGGAAUAGGUGUCGUUUUGGUGCAAGACAAAAGACCUGUUUCCUACUUUAGUGAAAAGUUGAACGGUGUCAAGUUAAACUACUCUACCUAUGAUCGGGAGUUCUAUGCCAUAGUACGUGCUCUUGAUCAUUGGUCCCAUUAUUUGAGGCUAAAGCCAUUUGUCCUACAUUCCAAUCAUGAGGCCUUGAAGUUUAUUAAUGGCUAA